GGGGCGGGGGGCGCAGUCGGCGCCGCCAUGUUGGGGCUCGCGGGUCGCUGCGCCGCCGCCGCCGCCGCGGGGCCGCUCCUCAGCCGCGGGACUGGACCGGGCCCCCGUCUCUUACCGCUGCUACUCAGCCGCGGGGCCGGGCCGGCCGCUGCCACCGGGGCGCGACGGGACCAUGCGGCGCAGGCGGCCCCCGCGGCUAAGGCCAGCGCCGGUACCGGGCGCAUCGUGGCCGUUAUCGGGGCCGUGGUGGAUGUGCAGUUCGAUGAGGGGCUGCCCCCCAUCCUGAACGCCCUGGAGGUGCAGGGCCGCGAGACGCGGCUGGUGCUGGAGGUGGCUCAGCACCUGGGGGAGAACACCGUGCGCACCAUCGCCAUGGACGGGACUGAGGGCCUGGUGAGGGGACAGAAGGUGCUAGACUCUGGCGCACCCAUCCGCAUCCCUGUGGGCCCUGAGACGCUGGGCAGGAUCAUGAACGUCAUCGGGGAGCCCAUCGACGAGAGGGGCCCCAUCACAACCAAGCAGUUUGCUGCCAUCCACGCAGAAGCCCCUGAGUUUGUGGAGAUGAGCGUUGAGCAGGAGAUCCUGGUGACAGGAAUCAAGGUCGUGGAUCUUCUGGCUCCCUAUGCCAAGGGCGGCAAGAUUGGUUUGUUCGGAGGUGCUGGUGUUGGCAAGACGGUGCUGAUCAUGGAGCUGAUCAACAAUGUGGCCAAAGCCCAUGGCGGUUACUCGGUGUUUGCUGGUGUCGGGGAGCGAACCCGUGAGGGCAACGACCUCUACCACGAGAUGAUUGAGUCUGGUGUCAUCAACCUGAAGGACGCCACUUCCAAGGUCGCCUUGGUGUACGGGCAGAUGAACGAGCCCCCAGGUGCCCGUGCUCGUGUGGCGCUAACAGGCCUGACGGUGGCUGAAUAUUUCCGGGACCAGGAAGGCCAGGAUGUGCUGCUCUUCAUUGACAACAUCUUCCGCUUCACCCAGGCUGGCUCUGAGGUAUCAGCGCUGCUGGGCAGAAUCCCCUCAGCCGUGGGCUACCAGCCCACGCUGGCCACUGAUAUGGGUACCAUGCAGGAACGGAUCACCACCACGCGCAAGGGCUCCAUCACUUCCGUGCAGGCCAUCUACGUGCCAGCCGAUGACCUGACAGACCCUGCGCCUGCCACCACCUUUGCCCACUUGGAUGCCACGACGGUGCUGUCCCGUGCCAUCGCCGAGCUGGGCAUCUACCCGGCUGUGGACCCGCUGGACUCCACCUCCCGUAUCAUGGAUCCCAACAUCGUGGGCCCUGAGCAUUAUGACGUGGCCCGGGGUGUCCAGAAGAUCCUGCAGGACUACAAGUCCUUGCAGGACAUCAUUGCCAUCCUGGGCAUGGAUGAGCUCUCGGAGGAGGACAAGCUGACGGUGGCGCGGGCACGCAAGAUCCAACGCUUCCUCUCCCAGCCCUUCCAGGUGGCCGAGGUCUUUACUGGCCACAUGGGCAAGUUGGUGCCACUGAAAGAGACCAUCAAGGGCUUCAAGCAGAUCCUGGCGGGUGAGUACGACCACCUCCCCGAGCAGGCCUUCUACAUGGUGGGGCCCAUCGAGGAGGCCGUGGCCAAGGCUGAGAAGCUGGCGGAAGAGCACGCAUGAGGUGGGGGGGCUCUGCACCCCCUCAGCCCCUCCCGGCUCCCCCUGGGCCGGGAUCCCCCAGUAUUUAACGUUUCCAAUAAAAACAUCAGUGAAAACGG